CACUUUUCCGGUUUGAUUAGCCGGAGGAGUUGAACUUGGAGUGGACAAGACGUGCGGUCGUUCGGACGGAGUGCACCUGGACAUGACGAUGAAGAAGUGGGAUCUGCUCUGCGGGCAGCUGGGCACGUGAAGUAACGGAGGUCCCGGUGGAGCCACAAGCGACAUGUUUGCCCUCAGUGAGGUUUCCUCCCUCAGUGAGACUCAGACCACCUUUAAGAUCCUGAAGCCAUGGUGGGAUGUCUUUAUGGAGUAUCUGGUCUUCGUCAUGCUCAUGGUUUCCAUUUUCGCCGGGACCUUGAUGAUCUCCAAGGACCAGGUCGUCUGCCUUCCCCAGGACUACGACACCCCCACCAAUGCCAGCGCUCCAACCCCCGGCCCUCAAAAUGAGACAUCUGUCGCCCCAAAGGUGGCACCCACCCAAGCGCCAGCCCAAGGUGGGCGCCCGACGAACCUCGACUACCAGCAGUACAUCUACAUCAGCCAUGUGUGCUACCAGAAGGCCAUCCCCUGGUACUCGCGCUACUCCGCUUACGUCAUCCUCAUCCACUCCAUCCUCCUGAUGGUCAGCAGCAACUUCUGGUUCAAGUACCCCAAGACGUCCUCCAAGAUCGAGCACUUCAUCUCCAUCCUGGGGAAGUGUUUCGAGUCACCCUGGACUUCCAAGGCCCUCUCCGAAACGGCGUGCGAGGAAUCGGAAACCUGCGCUGCCAUGGAGAGGCUCAUGUUCUCCAGCAUGCCGUCCAAGAGUCGAGGGGCCAAUGUCUUUGAGCAAGGAUACGGGAGACUGAGUAAAGAUUUGGGAGCGGGUACACCCCUGUGGGCCAUGGCCAGUAUGUCACAGCUAGCCAGAGCGAGUUGUGCUGCUGCUGCUGCUCCUCCUUCUCCGGUGGACAACCCCGUGACUUCGGGACCCCCUUCUAUGACGAUCCUGGACAAGAAGGACGGGGAGCAGGCCAAGGCGCUUUUUGAGAAGGUGCGCAAGUUUCGCAUGCACACGGAGGAUGGAGAUCUGGUCUACAAGAUCUACGUGGGCCAGACGCUAUUCAAGGUGCUGAAGUUCCUCCUCAUCCUGGGCUACAUGUCCACCUUUGUGGAGUCCAUCACCUUUGAGCACGUCUGUCGCCCCCACAUCCGCAACCUGACGGGCUACAGCGAGUUCUUCUGCACACACAACAUGGCCUUCAUGCUGCGCAAGCUCCUCAUCACCUACAUGGCUCUGGUUUGUCUCUAUGGACUCACCGGCAUCUACACUCUCUUCUGGAUCUUCUGCAGGUCCCUGAAGGAGUACUCCUUUGAGAAGCUGCGGGAGGAGAGCGGCUUCAGCGACGUUCCCGAUGUCAAGAAUGACUUUGCGUUCCUCCUUCACAUGGUGGACCAGUACGAUCAGCUCUACUCCAAACGGUUUGCCGUCUUCCUGUCGGAGGUCAGCGAGAACAAGCUUCUGGAGGAGAACCUCAACCACGAGUGGAGCUUCGACAAGCUGCGGCAGCACGUGUGCCGCAACGUGCAAGGAAAGCUGGAGCUGCAGCUCUUCAUGCUGUCCGGCAUCCCCAAGGCCAUCUUUGAAAUGACCGACCUGGAGGUGCUCAAGUUGGAACUGAUCCCCGAAGCCAAGCUGCCCGCCAAAAUCUCCCAGAUGUCCUCCUUGCGCGAAAUCUACCUGUACCACUGUCCGGCCAAAGUGGAGCCCAUCGCCUUCAGCUUUUUGCGAGACCACCUCAAGGUCCUUCAUGUGAAGUUCACCGACAUCGACGAGAUCCCUUCGUGGAUCUACUCUCUACGGGGUCUGGAGCAGCUUUACCUGUCUGGGAAUUUGAAUUCGGAAAACAACAAGGUGAUUGCCCUGGACUCUCUGAGGGAGCUGAAGCACCUAAAGGUCCUUCAUCUGAAGAGCAACAUUACCAAGGUGCCAUCGGGGCUGGUGGAGGUGGCCAGCCAUCUCACGGAACUGUCCAUCCAGAACGAUGGCGCCAAACUGCUCGUUUUCAGCAACCUGAAGAAAGCGGGCAACCUGACGGAGCUGGAGCUGCUGCACUGCCAGCUGGAGCACAUUCCUCAUGCCAUUUUCAGCCUGUCCAACCUCCAGAAGCUGGACCUCAAGGGGAACGCCAUCUGCACCAUCGAGGAGAUUGUCAGUCUUCAGCACCUCCGGCGGAUGACCUGCCUCAAGCUCUGGCACAACAGCAUCGUCUCGGUGCCUCCGGCCAUCGCUCUGGUCCGAAAUCUCGAGUACCUCACUCUCUCCCACAACUGCCUGACCAGCGUCCCUGUGGCUCUGUUCACUCUCAAGAAGCUGAGACACCUGGACCUCGGGAGCAACCUCAUCGUCGGCCUGCCCAAGGAAGUGGGAGAGCUGGACAUGCUCAAUUACUUCUCCAUCAGCAACAACAAACUGGAGAUGGUGCCUCCCGAGUUAUUCCAGCACUGCUCCAAGCUGAAGACCCUCAGCCUAGCGGACAACUGUCUGACCGCCAUCCCACCUGAAGUUGGCCUGCUCCUUCAGAUCACCUACCUGGACCUGCAAGGGAACAGCCUGGAGUCCCUGCCCGUGGAGCUGGCUGGCUGCGUCAUGCUGAAGAAAGCCGGCUUCCUCGUGGAGGAUGAGCUCUUCAACACCCUGCCCUCCGACGUCAGGGAGAAUUUCCUGGAGACGGACUAUUCAUCCCCGGUGUGGACUGGCAUCUCGCCCAGGGCGUCCCUUCUCCCUUCUGCCUUGUGUCCAGUGUGGCAGAUCUGAAAAUGGACCCGACCAUCUGUGACAACUCAGGACCAGCCUUCGCCAGGGAGACUUGUCCGGCUUGAACUCUCCAUCGCGUCCCAUCGUUUGAUGUGUAUGGUGACUCUGGAUGAGAAAAUCUGCCACCUGGCGUCGAUGCCAUUUGAUUUUGCACAUUUUGGCCACCAAGUGUCCUUAGGCUCUCCUACUGGCUUGACGUUCUUUCAUUGUUGCUUUCCUUUUCCCGGUGCCGUCUGGGAUUUAGUGAAUAUUUUCAUUAAUAUCUUGGAGCGGAUGCCUUGAUUUUUUUUUUUUGUUCCUUUUCUAUUUGCAUCCAAGCCCGAAGUGACCGCCACGGCAAUUUACAAUGGAGUUCCCACAGCACCCUGUCCUAGGGGGCCGGAGGCAUUCUCGUAACUUUAAAAAAUAAAUCAAAUUCCCACGGAGAAAAAAAAUAAGACGACCUUCGUUGCGCAUUAUAACUCCAAGCCGACCUGAAGGCUGCCCAGACGUGUGACGUCUGUUCCUAAUAUCUCUGAGAUUUCUGAUCUCGCAUCCUGAUAGGAAGAAGUCUGCUGAUGUGUUUAUUUUUAGCUGCGCUCCGAGUUUAUUCCACUGUUUCGUGAACUGCAUUUUCGGACGGCUUGGAUGUGUGCGACGUUCACACUAAAUGACGCAAGCGGAUCAGAGACUUGAAAAUGAAUUUGGAAUGUCUGGCGUGAUCCGUCUUCACUCACCCCUCUGCCCAUCCAUUUUACGCUUAAUGGCAGUCAGACAUUUGGCAGACGAUUAAUGAAGGUCCAGAGGGUUUAAAGGAAAAUGCGAUCCUAAAUUGUCCCGUGUGUGUGUGUGUGUCCUGUUGUGGGCUGGUGCCCUCCUUGCGCCCUGUGCUGGCUAGAAUUUGGCUCCAGGUGACCCCAUGUUAGGAUAUAGCGAGUUGGAUAAUGACUGACUGACUGGCGCUGGGACCCUCCACCCUGACAGCCUGAGCACCGCGUCCGGGGGAUACAAGGGUGGAUAUGAGAAGGAAAGGCUCCAAGCCUCUGCUUAAUCCUAAAUUUCGGGAGCAACACGCGGCACCUCAGUCUUAUCCUCAUUUAGCUGCAGCCAUCCAACUCUUAACGGCAGUCAGACAUUCAGCAGAUCAUUUAUGAAGGUCCAGCAGGUUUAAAGGAAAAACGCUUUGGUCCUGCAGUGCUUGUUUGAAGGUCCACGCUGGGCCCAAGGGUCUCUUAAAAAUGAAAGAAUAUCUGCAGUUCAGUGAGCGGGCAGUCCACAAAGGGUGGUACAGGGUAAAGGUGGAGUCCAGCAUGUUCCUAAGUGAGAGAAGUAGAUGUUGGCAUAGUUUCAUGCUAGUGCAGAAGGGUGCACACUGGCAAGGCAGCAAGCCCUAUAAAUAUACCAGGUACCCUGAACUACAGCCCAGGCACCUGAGGGGGGUUGAGUGUUAGGUGCCAACCGGAAAGGAAGAUUAUGACCUUAGAAAUGCAUUGCCAGAUCUUAUGUCUCAAGGUGCCCGUCACUGAAGCUUCUUCUGCCCAUUAACAGUUCUAGUGCCACCCUCUGUGACCAGAACCUCCACCUACAUAACAGGGGGGAGCUUUUGUGGAAGUGAAACCACUAAGACCCCCUGUCCUGCAGUGCUUGUUUGAAGGUCCACGCUGGGCCCAAGGGUCUCAUAAAAAUGAAAGAAUAUCUGCACUUCAGUGAGCGGGCAGUACACAAAGGUUGGUACAGGGAAAGGGUGGAGUCCAGCAUGUUUCUAAGUGAGAGAAGCAGAUGUUGGCACAGUUUCAUGCCACCUGAGGGUUGUGUUAGGUGCCACCUGGAAGGAAGAGUACGACCUUUAGAAAUGUGCCUUAAGUGCUCACCGAUAUCUGCCCAUCCAAUGUAUAGUCCAUUAAUUGAACUCUAGUACCACCUACCUAACGAGGGGGGUCUUUUGUGGAAGUGAAACCAUGCCGCCCUUUCUCUCCCAAAAGAGAUGAACUUGCUGAGGUGCCACCUGAGUUUUAAUGCCCAUGCCAACUAAGUAAGAUCCUCUCAUCAUCUGGCAACCAGCAUCCCCACACAGCCACCUUGCAUCUCAAAGUUGUUUUUUUUUUAAAUAAUUUUUAAUACAUUUGCAAAUAUUUCUCGAGUCCUGCAUGAAAGAGAAGUGACUUGCAGGGCCCUAAAAUAGUUUGGGGUCCCCCAUUUAAUUGGGUCUCGAUUCGUCAUAAAUAAAAGGUAAGAAGGUAAAGCGGUGCAGGGUGGCCUUGGAGCAUAAGCCAGCCUUAAAAGUGACUCUGGAAUGACGGGCGUGAUCCCUCUUCACUCAUCGCUCUGCCCAUCCACUUUAUGGGCUCAUUUGCCUGACGCUUCAUCCAUCCAUCCAUUUUCUAACCCGCUGAAUCCGAAUACAGGGUCACGGGGGUCUGCUGGAGCCAAUCCCAGCCAACACAGGGCACAAGGCA